AUGCAGUUGCCUUUGUAUAAACCUCAUUGGGAUAUGUUUGGAAGCAGUCAGAAGGAUUUUCAUAAGUCAAAUAUCCAAGGGAGGAUGACUGAAACAAUAGACUCGUCCCAAUUUUCUUCGCUGUCAUCUUUAAGGGGAGAACAUGUAUCAGGGGAUUUUGUUCAUGCCCACUACAAGGAGGCGUAUCGUCUAGCCAUUGAUUGUCUGCUGAGCGGGGGCAGAGACAGUUACGCAGAUUUCAUCAAAGAAGAACACAUUGGAAGUUUCCUGUCCGAGGAGGAGCUUCUCUUCAUCACGUCAAAUGCAAAAGAGUUACCACCCCAGACCCAGGCAGAGGAAAUCAAUACUCCUUCUGACAGCCAAUCAUCCUCCGGGACGUAUUGGCCUGUCCUCUCAGAUUUGGACGCUCCCACUUUGGAAUUGGGAUGGCCUGAAGUCAUGCAUGAACAUCUCCAGACCAAUAUAGAUCUUCUCUAUCAUCCCCCACGACAAAACAGCCCAACCAUUAAAGACGUGAUUGUGAAACACAUCCGGGAUGCGAGACAGGUCAUUGCCAUAGUGAUGGAUAUGUUCACAGAUGUCGAUAUAUUGAAAGAAACUGCUGACGCUUCCAUUCGCGGAGUUCCUGUAUAUGUACUUUUGGAUGAUUACCACUUGAAAGAUUUUCUCACAGCAGCUAUGAAUCAAGAUGUAAAUCUACAGCAACUCCGUAACAUGAGGGUUCGCACUGUGAAAGGUGAAGAUUAUCUGUGUCGUUCUGGGACUAAAUUUCAUGGAGCAAUGGAGCAGAAAUUUAUCUUGGUCGACUGCCACACAGUGAUUUAUGGCUCCUACAGAUUUACAUGGUCAUGUACAAAGAUCAAUUUGAGCAUGGUGCAGGUUAUCACCGGCCAUUUGGUGAGGACUUACGAUGAGGAGUUCCGAACACUGUACGCCAGGUCGACUGUGCCAGCCGAGUUGAGCCAACCAGAUAAUCCUCUCCCCUCUAAUGGGCCACACAAAUUGCUGGGCUGGCCAAAAUAUUCGCUUCAUUCCACGCAAACGAUUGAUCGUCGUGAUCAGUUGAGGCACACGUUGGACUCGGUCUACAGGAAGACUUGUGAGAGGAAUCUAUAUGCCAGAGAUUACAAUGAUAAUCAUUUUGUGCCUUUGAGUGAGCAUGAGAUUGGUUUGCAGAACCACAUGUCCAAAUUUCAGUCGUCAGAGUCGACUAACUACUUAAAAAGGCACAGCUAUGCUGGGGAAAGACAUGAUGAAAAUAUUCCACAAAAUGUCAGAGCCAGAGCAAGCAACUGGAAUAUUUGCCGGGAAACAGGACUUGGGAAAAACAACUAUCCAAUGGAUAAUAAUUACUUAGUGCCACAGAUCUACAGAAGUCAAAAGCUUCGUCAAACAUAUAAUGGCAAUGACAAACAAAUUCUGUCCAUGCAGCAAAACAUGCCAACGCUGGAAAAAACAUCCAAGUCCUUCAUGCGUACAUGGAGGAUCGAGUCGUACCUCCAAAACCCUGACAUGCCGUCUAACGACCCGUCUGACUAUUUGGACCAGUUUGAGCCACCUAACAGCUUCAUGCCGGGAAGAAUGAGGUCUUCUCUUGUUUUUAGGCCGACCGUACCGCCCACCAACACGCCCUCAGUUGGCAGCCGCUCAUCAGCACUUCAUAACCCAAUGCGCUACUCCUCAAUGCAAUGGAAUCCAACGUUAGCGCAAGAGAGCAACAGGCUACAAAUGGAAGAAUUUAUGUUAAAGAGAAAAAGCCUGCAGAUUUUGGAGGAUUACAACACUUCAAAAAACUCAUUACCAUCUUCAUAUUCCAGUUUGGGGAGAGUCAAACGUGGGCAGGUGAUUACAAAUCCAGACAUGCAAACUGACAACUGGCACAAAAGGCACAGCGUAGCAGAUCCAAGAUCCAACACUGUAAACACACAGGAUUCCUCAGGUGCUAUGUACGGAGCUUUUGCUAGGAUGCAAAUAGAUAGAGGCUCUGCCGCAAUCAGCAUGAAGAAUAGUGGCUAUGGUUCCAAUCUUAAUGAGGAUAAGCGAUCUGUGUCUCAAUAUGAUGUCAAGAGCAUGACAGAUACAAAGAGCCCCCGCACUUCCAGUUGGCGGGAGCCUCCGUCCAGAACUCUGUCUGCUGCAAGCCUGAGUGUAGACGCUCCCGAUUUGACGGCUAAAUCCAGCAGAACAGGCUCUCAGCAUUUUCUAAAGAAAAGUACCAAGAGGAUAAAGUCAUUUUUGAACAUACCAGACAAGAAAGAGAAUCGAGUCAGAAGAGAAGAAACACCAAGUGUGACGUCAGAGGACAGCACCGACACUAUCACAGCUGAGGAUGAGAGUGGGGCAGAACAUCAAAAUAGCAACUCAUCCGUCGGGCAUCAGCAGGGCCACGCGGCCGGAGAAAAGUACUCCGAACCAAGAUUCAAGACUGAGGAGCACCGGGACACACCGCCACAUUCUUCCUCUGAAACAACAUCGCAACGUAAGCUCGACGUCGAUGACAAAAAGCCGAGGCCUGACGUUGACGUACUGGGCUGGAGUAAAGACAGAAAAGCUGACAAUCGUCUUUACAGUAGAUUUGAGCCGUUUUGUUCAAUACAAAAGAAACACUCUUCGUACUCUCUGGAGAAAACAAAAAACUCACCUACUGACCACAGCAGAAUGGGAAGAGGCCUUCAUGAAAACAAGUUUGAGAAAUUCUUUCAUAGAGUGGGAAACCUAAUUCAUAAGUCUAAAUAG